AUGAAUGUCCAAGCAGAUGGCACAGUAUUUUCCGGAGAUGUAUAUGCAGAUCUCGAGAAGAGAUAUCCUGGUGACUCUUGGGACAGCUCUGAUACAAAUGCGUAUGGAUGCGUCAAUCAGCUAUAUCAGCUGAAAAAGAAAAACCGCGGUCUGAAAGUGAUACUCUCAAUUGGCGGUUAUAACUGGUCUGGUAACUUUCCAGCUGCCGCGAGUUCUGAUGCCACGCGAAAGGUUUUUGCUUUAUCCGCCAUCGCUUUUAUGAAAGACUGGGGGUUUGAUGGCAUCGACAUCGACUGGGAGUAUCCCUCCGACGAAAAAGAAGCCAUGAAUCUGACAUAUCUACUCCAAGUUCUACGACAGGAGUUAGAUGUAUACGCAGCGCAGCAUGCGAAAGGACACCAUUUUCUGCUUACCAUUGCUGCCCCCGCCAACCCCGCUCACAUCAGCAAGCUCAAUAUUAAAAACAUUGCUAGUACUGUGGACUACAUUAAUUUGAUGGCAUAUGACUACGCAGGCUCCUGGGACAAUAUAACAGGAUAUGCGGCGAAUAUUGGUUCGAGUGCGACAAAUCCUAGCGCGAUCCGCUUUGCAACUGAAACUGCAUUGAAGGCCUAUGUCAGUGGCGGGGCGAAGGCUUCCCAGAUUGUGCUCGGCAUGCCUGUCUACGGCCGGUCUUUCGAACAGACGCAAGGAAUCGGUAUGCCAUACUCUGGAACUGGUCAGGGAAGCUGGGAGGCCGGGGUGUGGGACUAUAAGGUUCUUCCCAAGUCAGGGGCAGAGGUUUUCUGCGAUUAUGACGUACAAGGAUGCUAUAGCCUCGACGUAGAGGCAAAGGAACUCAUUAGUUACGAUACGGCUCCAAUGGUAUAUAGCAAGGUAAAUUGGCUGAAGCGCAAUGGUCUCGCGGGUAGCGUUUUUUGGGAGGCCUCGGCAGAUAGGAAAGAUGAGCAGUCGCUGAUAGCCAACAGUUACCACGCAUUGGCCUCGACAGAUGAUACCGUAAACCAGAUAGAGUAUCCUGACUCCAAGUUUGACAACAUAAGGAGAGGCCCGAGCAAGUAG